UUUUGAGACAACAAAUACGCAAGAAAGAGCAGUGGAUGAUACAUGGUGUAGUACUGUCCUUUUAAACACCAAAAACCGCAGGGAUAAUUACAGUGUAUCCAAGUGGAUAAUUACAGAAAUAGUUAGGGAUGAAUGCUUCCAAGCAUGUGUGUGUGUUGGAUUUGAAACAGCUAUUUUAUUUAUUUUUUUUUUUUUUACUGAGCAGUUGUAUGUACUUUUCUAAUUAAAAGCUAUAUAGGAUCAAAAUUUAUGCAUACCUUCACGGAAAGAUUUGGCUAAGAGCUGUGGUGAUACCCCUGUUCCUGAAUCUGUUGGUGGGAAAGAACCCCAAAAUUCCUGGAACAGACUCAUUGUGUGUGUCCUCUGUUCUGGUGGUUACCUGGGAGUGCUGUUAUAGUUUAUCCACGCUGCUGCUACAUCCCAGACCUCCGUGUUGUAUAACUAAGUUAAGUGAAUUUGGUCCAGACUGAAAAAUACCGUUAUGACUUUUGUUCUGAAGGAUUUAAACCUCAAAUUACAGACUAGCAUUCAAACCAGCAUAUUCAUUAAAUUAAAUUGUGGGAUGGAAGGUUCACAGUGCUCAUAAAGCCUUUUUUGUAAGGUCAAAUUCAGCCCUUGGCACAUAGCAAACAAAUGGGCUUAAACUAUAGGGGAACCUUGUAGGCUGUCAUUAAUGGCUUUCAGCAAACCAUUAGUGUAGCCUCAGGGCUGAAGUACCUUGUGUGGCUGCUGGCCUGUGUUUAGGAGGAUAAAUGCCUAUAGCUGGAUAGGCUGAUAUAAUUGGAUAAAGACCACUUUAUAAGGAGGAGUUCAAAUGAGCCAUUGCUACUCAAAUCAUAUUUCCAGCUAGAAACGCAAAAAGAAAAAUGUCAGUUGUGUAGUAUUUAUUUUCUUCUCUAAGCCUGGAAAAAGAAAUCCAAAUUUGAAUAAAUGCAACUUUGCUUUAAUUCUGCUAAUCCUGUUCACUACGUGGAAAGAAGUUUAUUGGAAUCAGUGAGCUGACAGUAGAAAGCACUCAGACCUGUUGAAUGCAAAGAACAGCCUUCCUGCUGGCUCAGACACCUCCACGAGAGUCACUGGCUACAUUGGGAGGCAGGGAGGGUCUGAGGUAGUUUAAAGAACAGUUGGACUGAUGCAAGUGUGCUGGAAAACUUCAGAAAAAGGGCACAUGAACAGGGAAGUGUGGGUGAAACACAGCAGAGGUACUGGAGAGCAGCAGCACAGCUUGUCUAAGCACAAAUCCUCCCCGUGGCCCCUGGCAGCCCCCAGAGAGCCCUGCUGCAGGCGAGUGAGCAGCCUGUGUGCAGUCAAUGCUGCCUUUAGGUUUAAAGUGUAUUUUUAUUUGUGUUUUAAACCCUGUUGGCAGUUUGCCACAGAGAAAAGGGGGCUGUAGCUGAGUAAUAAUAAACCUCAUUCAUCCUUGUUGUAAAUGGACGGAAUAAUAUUAGUUUACAUUUGGAAUUAAUCUGACCCAGUAUCUUGCUGUAGAGCUGAAGGUUGUGCUGAACAAAAAGUCAGUAUGAGCUAUAAAUACGUUUUGGUUGCUAUUCAUACUGGAGAUUUGGGACAGAGCACAUCACAUGUGGAAGAAGUCUCAUUUGGCUGAGAAGUACGGCUACACACACCUUUCUGCCGGUGACCUUCUCCGGGACGAGCGGAAAAGGCCGGGCUCCCAGUAUGGAGAACUCAUUGAGAACUACAUUAAGGAGGGGGAGAUCGUGCCAGUUGAAAUAACAAUCAGCUUGCUGAAGAGGGCUAUGGAUCAAACAAUGGCUGCCAAUUCCCAGAAGAACAAGUUUUUGAUUGAUGGAUUUCCCAGGAAUGAAGAUAAUCUUCAAGGCUGGACUAAGACUAUGGAUGGAAAAGCGGAUGUUUCCUUUGUUCUCUUUUUUGAUUGUGACAAUGAGAUAUGUAUUGGCCGCUGUCUUGAAAGAGGCAAGAGCAGUGGUAGGAGUGAUGAUAACCGGGAGAGCCUGGAGAAGAGAAUUAAUACAUAUCUGCAGUCUACUAAGCCGAUAAUAGAUUUGUAUGAAAGAAUGGGAAAAGUCAGAAAAGUGGAUGCCUCUAAAUCUGUUGAUGAAGUUUUUGAAAAAGUUGUACAAAUUUUCGACAAAGAAGGCUAAUUCCCAGCUUGAAACUCCAUUUAAACUUGUGCUUGAAUCUUGCUUGAAUAGCUGCUACUGCAGUCCACUCUUUGUAAUUAUUUUAAAAGAUUUUUUUAUUUUUUUUCACAUAUCUAAUGAUGAUUGGUAAAACAGUUGAUCAGAAAUGGAUCUGUUUUUUAAAUAGGAAAUAAUUUCUUAUGUCUAUAGUAUAAAGUUUCAGGGUUCUCCAUUACUGCAAGUUCAGUUGCUCACAUGGCAGAAUCACAGUUAGUACAUCUUUCUAAAGAAACUGUUUAUUCUGUCACAGUUCUGUGCCUAUCAUGGGCAGUCCUUCUUCUUCCUUAUCGCUGUACUCCUACUUUCUUCUUAAAGAUCAACUGAACAGCAUUAAUCAAUGAAGGACCCAUAUACCUUAGGUUUUCAUGGAUGCUUGGACCAAAUUUAGCAGGUUUUUUUUUUUUUUUUUUUAAGUAUAAUUUUGCCCAAAAUUCCCUUAUAUAUCUCCAGACCUGAAUUCUCUAAGUCAAGCUACAGUUAGUAUGAGAAUCUGUUUUAGCAGUUGUCAAAAAACUAUUAAAUAUGCUUUUCAGGAACAGACAUACAAAGUACUUUUUGGAAAGUGGUGCUUCCUUAUGACUCUGGAUGUAAACUGUCUUGCAAGUUCUUGGAUGACAUGGCCCUGGAUUUUUCCUUGUUUUCAUUUGCAAAAGAUUAAGAAAGUCAGUUUAGAUUUCAAUACUCAUUUAUCUUAAAUGAUAGAACUGCAGCAUAGUCUUCACAAGAUGGCAAAGUUCUUAAAAAGUGUACAGUAAGCAAAAUCUUCUGACAGUUCUGUCUUUUGUAACAAGUGGAAUGGAUUCUCUCUAUUAUUAUUGAAAUACUGUGUUACCAAAUGCUUUAAGGUUUGUUACCUGGGGAAAUAUUUUUAAGGUUAAACUAGUGAAUAUGUUUCCCUUAAAAUGUGUAAUUUUAAUAGUUGUUUGUUUGAGAAGUUUGUAAGUUAUUGCACUUUUGUUGCAGUGGGGUCAGCUGAGGGGAAGAUAAUUGCAGAAAAAAGUUUCAUUCCCUGAAACAGAGUCCUGCUUCCCCAUAUUCUCUUGAAUAAGCCAAAUGCAGUCAGCAGGAGGAGCUGAGGUGAGCAGGAAACUGGUUGAAACAACCUGGUUGAAAUGUUUGCACAGAUGUGGUGCAAUUUUGUCUUUUGUUUAAGCUUUCCUGUCCCUUAUAUAGUAUGCAUAGGUCUGGGGGGGCCCAACCAUGCAUUCCUUUUGUGCCCUAAGCUUCCACUGAUGGCAUGAAGAUGAGAGUUUUAACUGAUUUUAGUGCUGGAGUGGUUGUUCCUACAUUAACUGACACUCUAAUUGGUUUGUGACAUGCUAAUGACGCAGAAUUGCAAUUUGGAAAUUUUGACGCUCAGCUUUUCUUUAGUCACGACUUCAUUUAGAAGAAGGUUUAAAUUAAGCUUAGUUUUUAAUUAGAAUCAGAUGUAUUGGUCCUCAUUUUGCAGUCAGAUUUGUAUUUUCAGGAAUUCUUAUCUCACUGAGGUUGCUGAGGCUCCUGGACUGGGGAAGAAAUGGGUGCAGAACCAAGGGUAAACUGCAGUAGCUUUUCCACUCUGGUAGGAGUUCAGGCAGUGGACUGGCCACAAAGAGCUGUUUACUACUGCAGAAUAUAUGGACAUGACUGCUUUUGUGAGUGUGGGAGGCCAAUGCUCUCACUUCAUGAAUUUCUCAUUUAAAAAAAAUAAAAUAAGAAAACCUGGAAUUUAACUCUUGUUAACUCUGUAUUAAGUAUGCUGACAUGGAUAGGAUCCAGCAAAACUGCAUGUUUUAAUAUGAAGGUUAGAAUCAGGGUUUUUCAAAAAAUACUUCAAUCUGGGUUCUUUAAUCCAAUUAGAGAGAUUUCAUUAACUCUUGCUUCUAAGUUACUGGUUUUCACAAGUUCUGUUCAGAAUUUUCUCUCAUCAUAUACUUUCCGGUGUAUUUAAGUGCUAAAACAACCUCUGAAGCAGGUUUUAGAAAAACACCCAACAAUGUUUUGGCAGUAUUGAAUUUGGAGUGGAUUGUAAUGUGUCUGUGCAAGGACUAGAUUUUUUUGUCAUUUUAUUUAUUGAAGAUGCCAUUAAAUGUGUUAUCACUUCUUUCAAGAUGGACUUAUGAUUGAAAUAAAAAUUAAAGGCAAUAUGCGAAUGUGUUGUGUCCAUUUAGCAGCAAAACUGUAUAAAGAAUUUGAGGAGAUCCAAUAAACUUUGUUCUGUGGCUU